CGAGGGCCGCGCACCGUGCUCGCGUGAGGAGCGUCGCAGUGUCGGCCAGGAAGCCCGCUCGGCUCGAAGCAGCCGGUGCCGGUGGUUUGUGCGGUGCUCCCCGUCGCACGUCCGACAACAUCGCGCGCCUCUCUGUGCUUCCGGGCGACCCGGGAGAGAAACUUGCGUCGUUGCUUGGUCGCUCGCCCUUCUUUCCCGCUGGUGCUUCCGGAGGUUCGGCCCCUUUGCCGUUGGACGGGCAGGACGUGUCCCGUUCGUCGCGGGCAUCCUUGGGUGCCCACCCGCCAAGGCGUCUCGUCACCACCUGACUGAGGAGAGCCACCGGGCGCGGCAGCGUGUCCUAGAGUGCGGAUCGUGCGCCCGUUUGGUCGCGUACGUUCGAGUUAUCUUGUGCUGCAGGGAACAGUCCCUUCGCAAAGCAUGGUGACAGUGUGACACGCACGCAUCUCGCGAACCACGUCGAGAAACAGCGAGCUGCUAUUCGCCCAGGCGUCUACGUUGCCGGAUCGGUGGACGCAGCACGCAAGACGGGAGUCCACAGGCCGCUUAAACUUAUUCGCUAUUCUUGGGACUUACAGUGGCGGUUGCUGUCUGUGGCUCCGCGCUGAAAAGAGCACGCGAGGCGUCUUCGACGGAGUCCUCGCCGAAGGAGGACGACUCGGGGAACCUUCGGCGCCACCUGGUCAUCUUGGAGUCCAGCCCAGGUCAUCGUGCUUUUAUGAAGUGGCAGUCUGCUAGCUACGCGCGAUACUUGGUGCCGUCGUUCUUCUGAAGGCGUGCCUGCCGUCCGGAAGUUAGGCCUCGUCGUCGUUCCCGAUGGAAGCCGGCAGGACGCCGCCCCCUCCGCGAUGGAGGAACCCGCCGACGAAGCUCCGCAGACGAGCGUCUGCGGGAUUCUGUCACUGGGCCACCUGCAAUGUCCAGCCACCAACGCCGUCUCAAUUCGUGCUCCUGCUUCUAGUUUCUGCCUCGCUGCUAAGUCUCGUCCACGGGCAGCGGACGAAUUCGAGUCCCCGCCCCCAGCAACGGUUCGCCAUCGAGCCUACGGACCGGUCAGCCAUCCUGGGCGACACCAUCGUGCUGGCGUGUCGCGUCAUCGACAAAGCCGGCACGCUCCAGUGGACCAGGGACGGCUUCGGCCUCGGCAGUGACCGCGACCUGUCGGGUUUUCCAAGGUACUCUAUGGUUGGAAGCGACGACGAAGGCGAUUUUUCGCUUCAGAUCGGUAGCGUAAGCCUGGAAGACGAUGCCACCUUUCAGUGCCAAGUUGGCGCCGUCGAAGGCGUAAAAGGCAUCCGAUCAAGAAGCGCACCUCUGACCGUGUUUGUGCCUCCGGAACCCCCGAAGAUCGUGCAAGGUGAAUUUCUGAAGACGACUGCCGGCAUGACCGUCGAACUGACCUGCGAGUCUCAUGCCGGGAAGCCGCCCGCAGAGCUGACGUGGCUGGACGGCAGCGGCAACGUGGUGACCAACGGCGUCGAGUACAAGACCGAGCCCAUGUCCGACGGCAAGCGCGCGAACGCGGCGCUCACGUGGACGUUCAGCCCGAGCAGGGAGCACGACGGCAAGACCUUCACCUGCCGCUCCGAGAACAAGGCGCUCAAGCAACCCAUGCUCGCCACCAUACGCAUGGAGGUCAAGUAUCCUCCCGAUAUCACCUUGACGGUGGAGUCCGACAAGAUAUCGGAAUUCGACGACGUCCGGUUUCACUGUCAAGCCACGGCCAACCCGUCAGACAUCGUGUACAAGUGGUACAGGAACGACGAGAUCAUCGCGGGCGACCACACGACGGAGCUGGUCCUGCCCCGGGUGACGCGAAGCUUCAACGGAGACACAAUCACAUGCGAGGCACGCAAUGAUGUCGGAACGACGAAGUCUACGCACACACUCAACAUCCACUACCGCCCGGCGUUCAAGAGCGCGGCCGAGACGGUGGCCGCCGAGGAAGGGGCCGAGGUGGCGCUGCGGUGCGAGGUGGACUCCAACCCGAAGCCGGACAUUGUCUGGCACCACGAGGGCUCGGAGCGCGUGCUGGCCCGCCAGCCGACGCUCGUCAUCCCGGCGAUGCGGCCCAGCGACGCCGGCCGCUACUCGUGCCGCGCCACGGGGCCCCGGCGCCCCCCCCCCCCCCCCCCCCCCCCCGGGCCCCCCCCCCCCGGCCCCCUCCCGGAGAUCACCCAGGACGUGCACGUCUACGUCAAAGGCCCUCCGAAAGUGAGCAGCCCGACGACCCAGUACGGUGUCGAAGGGGAGCAGGUACGCGUUGAGUGCAUCAUCACCUCCGUACCGCCGCCCACCAGGGUGGCCUGGUCCAGGAAUCUUCAGCUGGUUGACAUCGACAAUAACCAGGGCUACGAAAUCGUAAAGGAGCCUUUGUCGAACGGACUCAGGAACUUGCUGAUCAUCCACAAUGCUGCUGAGGAAGACUUCGGGCAGUACAACUGUUCCGUGUGGAAUCAGUUUGGUUAUGACACGAGGCUCAUCACCGUUCGAAAACAAAAAAACCUUCCAAUGGUGAUAAUCUUGGCUGGCGUCAUCGGGGGCAUCGUGCUCGUCGUGACCGUGACGAUCUCUAUUAUUCUCUGCCUGCGAAAGAAAAAUAUUGUCAAAGAUGACGACUUCAACACUGAGAAGAAGGGUAAACAGUCUGACUCGGCCUCGUCGGGGGACUCGGACAUCAAAGUGGAAAUCCGAACGGCGUCAUCGUUGUCUAAUAACGAACACGACCGCAACUGGGAGGACAAUAGUGAAUCGGCGCGUACGCAUGACGCGGCUGAUAUAUACAAGUACGCCAACAGUGCAGCCGACUACGGAGACUCGUCGUUUCCGGUGAAAUCGGAGGCUCAAAACAACAAUGGCUACAUACCGUACGUGGACUACUCGCGCGACUACAACCCGCCUCCGGUGGCAGCCUCGCUACAGCUGAACGCGAGCCGCGACAGUGGUCUGUACGGCAGCUCACCGCAGUCGCUCAACGACCUGGGCCAGGGCAUCGACCCACGGUUCCGAGCGGGGUACGCAAACCCUUACCUGCGCACCUCGCAGUCGAACCUGCCGCCCCCUCAGGGCGUUUACGUCAGCCCGAGGGCCAUGCCGUCGGUCGCUGCCAACUCUGCCGGUGUGCCCGGUGCUUCGUGCGCCACCCUGCCGCAGAACAGGUACAUCACAUCACAGCAAAGCCAUGUCAAGCCAGGCACACUAGCCACCCAUGUAUGAUGGCAGGAGACCUCGAUGUAAAUAGGACUUAAGCUUUCCAUGAAGCAACCAAGAGUGUUGUGUGCCCCUCACUGUGGACAUAGUGCGGUCAGUGAGAGUGUGUGCGGGGAACUCUUGCCAGACCCUGGGAAAAGGAAAAAAGAAAUGACGCUGAUGGUGCAAUUCCACGAAGUGUCGUGUAUUUCCGAAGUGACUCUGGUGGUGCCACCACUUUUGCGGUGUUUCAAGUCAGGAACCAAAGAGUUGUUAAUAAUUCUAACUGUUCAUGUAAGUGUGCAUCAGUGUGCGUGUGUGCGUAUUUGUCAAUGCAUGAUGUCGUCAUGUUUCCUUGACUAGAUUAGAAAGAAAAACAAGGCAAGGGUAGCCUUAUUUAUUAACUCAAGUAGUGUGACCUUGCUGUGUUUUUAGCGUAGUACUUCAUUCUUGCAUCCCAAUCUGAGAGCAAUGCAUGUUCCUUCUUUUGCUGAAAGGCUGUCCUCUUGUCAGUAGUCAUGUUCAUCGUUUGCAGCAUACUGAACGUUUCUAACGUCUGUUUCUCAAAGACUGGUAUGUGAAAAGUGCAGUUAGGCCAUGGGUAAAUUACAGAGAUGUUUUAACUGACUGCCUGGGUGUUUUAGUAAUCACACAGUGCAAUCACUGUUUUUCUGUUGUUUCUUUUUGUUUUUCCUUUCAUGGCUUUAGGAAUGACUUCCCAUGACAGAUGACCGCUCUUCAUCUUGCAUAAUUCUACAUGCAAUAACUCACAGCCUGCAAGUAAUAUGUGCCAUAUACAGCGAUGUGUGAUGUAUUGUGUGCAGCACAUCCUGCGAAGUUGCGGGCAACAUACUCGGGGUGUAUUUCACUGCAAUCUAAAGAAAGCACUGAGCAGAAUAUGUAAAAGAGCAGCAGUGCAGUUAGGUUUGAUCAAUAUGCGAUAAGGAAGCGCGGCACUUGUGGGCUGAAUGUAUCAGAAUGUACUAAAAUUCGUCAUUGCGCCUUAAAAUGGGCAUUAUUAUUUUAUUAAUAUUUUUGGCCAUUUUUGAAACAACAUGCCAAGAAAACGAACUGACAUUACUGGCCUUAUUUGAAAUAAAAUAUGCAGAAUUUCUCAAUAAGCAACUUCCCCAAGCUUUUGCGUGAUGUUAAACAAUCUAUAUAUUUCACAGUGCAGCUGCUCCUGCUAUAGCCGACGAUACAAGAAAAAUAGUCCGGCAGAAAUGUGUGAAAGAGCUAUGCCAGAAGACAAGGCAUAGAUUGUAUUACAGCUGUCGCUUUUAGGUAGCUCUGCAGUAUCCUCAAUUUGACCCACUUACUAAGGUUUUGCAUGUGAACACAUUUUUGUUUCCAAUUUUAGUAUCAUUCUCUUUCUGUUCAUGUCAAAAAUUAUUUUUUAAAAGAGGUCCUCAUUUGUGCUGUACAAACGACCACACAAGAUGCGUUAACGUUAUCAAGCGUACCAUAAAAUCAUGCUUCAGUGCAGUGCGUUUCUUGUUGUAAUGCAAGUGCUCAGUUCCGUUGAAUAUUACAAGUGGCCUUCUAAGCAACAGGUUGGCGUGUGCCAAUUGUGGUUGGUUAUCCCCCUUCAAUGGUGUACAUAACAUUGCUUUCAGUAGAUGUGCUCUUUCAAUGCUUCCUUCGUCAGAUUCUUCCCAUCAGUGACAGUGUGAAUGACACGUGUCGUGUGCUUGGCAAAACAAGAAAGGAGAAGAAAAAGCAGUACUUGUCUCUAUGCAAGCGUGGUUUCCUAAUAAGAUACGUCUCAAUUUGCUUGCAAAGCAGUGAUCAUUUUAAAUUUCACUGUGGCCCUGUGCAGGGUUUCCUAAAUUGUGUGACUGCCUGAGCUGUUUUGUCAUGUGCACUGUAUCGUGAACCGGACUGCCAUGUACGCCACUACAGGACACGUCUGCUGGGGCGAGUCUAACGAGUCAUUAAGCACGCCCGAGAAAGGACGACUUUCGGUGCUAAGAGGAUGUCCUGUUCCUUUCCCAAGAUGGUAUUACAGCAAGCACACCGAGGCGUGUUGUUUGCCUUUUAUUUUUCUUCUUCGUGUGUUUCUGUGACCAUGACUGUAACUUUCGACCUCCAGCUUUCCCAUGUGUGACGCACGGAAAACUGAGCAGCGAAAUCAUCACUGUACAUAAGAAGCACUUCCCGGCGUUAUGACAAAUCGCGCCCCCUUCUGGCUUCGCGCUCGUUUGCCUCCUUUAUUUGCUUGUUUCCUUGUUUUUUUUAUUUCUUCGAUAGCAUCUGUACAGAUAUAUGCUGAUGAGAAUUUGCUCACUUUAUCAAGGCGAAACAUUGUGCGUGUGCAUGUUAAUUAAACCUAUAUGAGAGUUUCAGCGA